ACAACUCUACAUCAAAACAAAUACAGCAUGGCGCCUCCCAGCACUGUUUUGUUUGGUCUAUCAUCUGUUUUAUAUAUUAUAGCAGGGGCUCAGGAGUUGAGCGAUUCCUGGGAUUCCUGUUAUAAGAGAGUGAAAAGCAGCAGACCCUCGUUUAUAAGGACCUACCCCAGGCCUCAUGAGUUCCUGAAUGUCUCGGACCUUCCUGCAGCCUGGGACUGGCGCAGUGUUGAUGGGAGGAACUAUGUGAGUGUUACACGCAACCAGCACAUCCCGCAGUACUGCGGCUCAUGCUGGGCCAUGGGGGCCACCAGUGCACUCGCAGAUCGUAUAAACAUCAAAAGGCAAGGGGCGUGGCCAUCAGCCUACUUGUCGGUUCAGAACGUGAUUGACUGUGGAGGGGCGGGAUCAUGUUUUGGAGGUGAUCAUCUGGGUGUGUACGCUUAUGCACACGAGAAAGGCAUUCCAGAUGAGACCUGCAACAACUAUCAGGCCAGAAAUCAGAAAUGUGAUCCAUUCAACCAGUGUGGUACCUGCUCAUUCUUUGGCUCCUGUUCCAUUGUGAAUAACUACACGAUGUGGAAGGUGGGAGAUUAUGGGGAGGUCUCAGGACGAGACAAAAUGAAAGCUGAGAUCUACAAAAAUGGGCCAAUCAGCUGUGGCAUCAUGGCGACUAAGGGACUGGAGGCGUACCAGGGAGGAGUGUUUGACGAGUUCCAUGUCAUCUCUCUCCCGAACCACAUCGUAUCUGUAGCUGGUUGGGGUGUGGACGAGGACAGCACAGAGUUCUGGAUAGUACGGAACUCCUGGGGAGAGUUUUGGGGGGAGGCAGGCUGGGCCCGGAUAGUCACCAGUGCGUAUAAAGGAGGUAAAGGCAACUGGUACAACCUCGCCAUCGAGAAAAGCUGUGCAUAUGGAGACCCCAUAGUGGCCUAGAGGAAGAGCAACUGCUGAGAGCCAGAUCUGCCCACAUGGCCAUACCACACUCCAACUACCUAAUGAGCACCUACCAAGCACCUACCGAGCAUUUUUUAACAGACAUUUUCUUUUUUGAGAGAUAAAAACAUUGAUUUGUGUGGUAUACUAAGCAUCAACCACUUUACAGCUAUUCAGAAAAAAAAUUGUCAGAAAAUCAAGAGUUAGAGUGCCAUAAAAACAUUUGAUAAUGUGUCAUAUAAAUACAGUGUGAUCAGGAUUUAAUAAGAAUGAUUGCUGUAAUGCAAAAGUACAUGCUGAUUUAUGCAGAAUACUGUAAUUUGUUUUAUAUAUGCUGUGUCAUAAUUACAGUGACGAGUGAUGGAAAGUGAUGAAACUCUAGAGGUAUUGCACUAAUGAUUCUAAAGUGCCAUUUUUAUGUGAAAUGCUGUGAGAUUGUAGCAAAUAUGUGUAAUAUUUUUUUAACCCAAUGAUUAACAUUUCAUGUGUGCACAAAUUUAAACAUGUCAAACUAGUCAAAUAAAUAUAAGAUCUUAA